GAGUGAUAGCUCAACAUGUACCGUGGUAAUUUCAUCGAAGAUGAGAUGCGUAGGUUCGAGGCUGAGAUCUCCGGGUAUAACAAUCCGGGGAUGUUAAUGCCGCAGCAUGUGAAGGCACAGCCUGCCGUGUUAAGUGGUAAAAGUGUUAGGUAUUCGACGCCUAAAGCCGCCGUUGCAGCUGCACCUCAAAUCUCGCAGCAGCAGCAGCAGCCGCAGCAGCAACAGCAUUAUCAGCCGCAAGCAUCUACGUCCCAACAUUUUGAUGCGAUUCAUAGUGCUGUCCAGGAGAAGCUGAAGAAGCUUAAGAACGAGAAAAUCAAUGCCUCCGUUGCGAUCUCCCAAGGAAAGGCCAGCAGUGCCAUGCAAUCGUUUGCACCUGGAAAGAAGGCGCGCACCAACAACAAGAAGCUCAUGCGUAGUUCCGGAGGUCACACAUGGGAGGACCACUCUUUGGCCGAUUGGAGCGAUGACGAUUUCAGAAUCUUCUGCGGCGAUUUGGGAAACGACGUGACCGACGAACUCCUAACUAGGACCUUCAAAAUCUAUCCGUCUUUUAUGAAGGCAAAGGUCAUCAGGGAUAAGCGUAGCAACAAGAGCAAGGGCUACGGGUUCGUGAGUUUCAAGCAGCCGGACGACUUCACCAAGGCCAUGCGCGAGAUGAACGGUAAGUACGUGGGCAGCAGACCCAUCAAGCUCAGGAAGAGCAGCUGGAGGAAUCGCAGUUUCGAUGUUGUCCGUAAGAAGGAGCAGGAGAAGCAGGAGCUGCUCCAGAAAUUGGGAUAGGCCCCCCAUCAUACAUUCAUGUGUUUAAUUUGGAAAUUAAUAAAGGUUCUACCCACAUCUAUUCACCUAGUUUUAUUUAUUUCUAUUCUGUACAUAUUUUAAACAUGAACGAAUUGCCAACUGUGAAACUAUUAUACACAUCGCACGCACGUGUCUAGAACUCGCACUGAUAUGGAAUGUUUCAAUAUGUUUGCAGCCUUACUAUCGAAAUUCCUUAUCACUCACGCCCGUUUUUUUUUCACUUUAUGUUCGAGAUAACACUACAGGAAUCCACU